AUGCAAGAUCGAACUCUCCUCAACCCAUCCGAAGCCGAAAAGCUGAAUGCAUCGCUUGACUCGUUCCUACGCUUGCUCUCCGGCCACAUAUUCAUAGAGGCGAGCAGUCGGGUCCUCGAAUGGCUUGUCCGACAUUUCCGUAUCACCGAGUUCAAUAUCGAUGGCGUUAUGGAAUGUUUCUUGCCGUACCAUGAUUCGCCUUUGUUCGUGCGUAUCUUGUCGAUUCUUCACCUUAAUAGAUCCGCUGGCGGCAUCAAUUGGACCUUCCUGGAGGCGUUCAAAAAGAUCAAUCAAUCCAUGCCCAGAGAUUCACUCCUUCUUGCGAUGGAGAAGGAUUCAGAGCUGCUGCGGUUUGUCGUGAACAUGCUUCCUAAAGGAUUGGAAGAAAGCACCGCCCAUCGAGCAUUGAUCAACUUUUACACGGUCACACUGCUCGGUUUUAUCAAGAGACAAAAGACAAUCGAUGAAAACAUAUCUGCCAUACUUCUUCCAGCAUUCUCUCGGAUACCAGAUUACAGUGACGUAGAUGCAAGGCUCGGGGCCUACAUGGUGCUCGUCUCGCUUUCACGGAAGACACGAUUCACAUCGAAGGCCCUCAAAGUACUGGUUACGGCUAUCACAAAAUCGCAUCAUUCCGACGGGGACGCGGCACAUCUUAUCUCAGCAGUUGUUGCUAUCUGCGCGUCUCAGGACGAGCUGGACAGCAUCCAGAAGAAAGCCGCGAGCGCGCUCGCCGACAUCCCAGAGAUCGAGAUUUGGUUGACCGAAGCGACUACCAUAAUGGGUUCCGAGACCUUCCUACGACCGCUCAUUACUACCAUGAGCUCGCAUCUCGAUCUUACAAGAUAUUCGACUGUCUUGGCGUCGCUUUUCCAAAGCAACAACUUACCGCAGGUGCUUGUAGCGCAUGCGUGCAGCACCAUUGCACGUCGUUUGGCUGAAGCGACCCGCGAAAACUCCUCUCAGCUGGAUGCGAUCAAAGAUCUGGGAGUCUGUCUCCAGCAAAGACAUCCCCAAGCAUUCGCCGUUGCUGUUCAGUCCUUCAAGGAGGCCGAGAAUUCUGACCUCAUCCAAUCACUGGAAGGCGUGCUUGCUAAUCUCACCGUGGCAGAAGCCCAUGCAGGAGAUGCGGAACAAUCGAUUGUGUUGGGUGCCUUUAGUGCUGAUACUGCUGUACGAGCGUCCAGCACGCGUCAGCUUCUGGAUUCUUUCACAAACAAGGAAGACUUGGCACCAAAUGUUCUUACCUCGCUUUGCUCGGCGUUGUUGGCGCGCGUGGCGGACAGCGAGAGCGAAGUGUUAGAGGUCCUUUAUGCCGAUCCCGACAGGCUGCUUGAUGCUGUAUCCCAUGACAAUCUUUAUGCCGCCAUCAGAGAUGCCGUCGCACGCGACUUACCGAAGAAACAAUUACUGACCCAUCUGGACUUCAUCGCCUCUAGUCUGCUUAUUCAACAUACGGAACUGAGCAGCGCUGCUUUCUUCGACGUGUUCUUGCCCCAUCUGCUCUUCACCAAAACGAAUAACAAAACUAGUUCUGCUGUAUGGGACCUUCUUUUGAAGAGCGAAUUAUCACGCCUUCCUUUGCUCCAGGGUGUUGCGGACCUAUUUAAAAACGGGGCGGUGGACGACGAUGAGACCAGGCACGACCGUCUAGCCGAAAUCAAUUUAUUCGUUGCCAAGAAAAUCGCAGACAACCUUGUCAGCUCGGACCAUUAUAAAGAUCUAGUGAACUCAUUCAUCAAGAAGACAUCAGAAGGCCCAUUGAAUUCGCAGUUGUUCGCAAGUUUAGUCAUUCAUGCCCUAUUAGCUCGGGUUUCCGGUGAACAUCAAGUGGAUUUGGGCUACGAAGUUCUUGCGUUCCUCCGGACACAUUCGCAGUCAACUUUUGUUGCAGAUGAAGAUACAACCACGAAAUUAGCCGAGGACAUUUACACCCGAUCUAAGGCAGCUCGCACAAUACGACAAUUACAAAUCGCUCUGCUUUACUCUGUAGCUGAAGUAGGCCGACCCGUCAACGUGAAGUUCGAUUUCUUGUGCGAUGUUGAGGCUGUGACAGAGAAUGAUGGUCGAGGCAUGCGAUAUGCCGCCCUUUCCAGAGCCGUGUUUCGAUUCUCAAAUCAAGAUGGGGUGUCUUCUCCUGCUCGAACAAAAUGUCUCAUAAGACUCUUCAAAACUCUUGGAGAUGACUGUCUGGCAGUGUUAUCUGGCAUUUGGGCGGAUCAUUCAACUCCUCCACAAACAAGAGCUGCUGCGUUGUCCCUUGGCAGCGCUAUGCUUCAGUCUGUCGAGUCCGACGACACCAUCGACUAUCAAGUUGUCUUGCCUUCCGUACUUGUCUCUCUCAGCGAUCCCUCCGUAAUUGUCCGUGAAGGAGGCAUUCAAUGCCUUAAGGUGCUGGCCGGUCUUUUUAGAUCCCACAAGAAGCCCAAGGCUAUCUUUGCGAUUGACGCGUUGUAUGGACUGCAGUCUUCACACGUCCAGUAUCUCGAACACAAUGACACUGCACAGUACAUCGAAAUUUUGCUGCAACACAGUGAUGAAAUUCUUCUCGAUGGAUCUGUUCUUCAGGGCAUUCAUUCUGCGUCACUAAUGAAAGAGAAAGGAGAAGGAAAGAAAAAGACAACAUUCAAGGAGAAAGUUCUAUAUUUCCUCUUGUCACACAUCGUCGCGUGGCGCAGCGCUCAUGCCAGGACAACGCUUCUCUGGCUCAUUUGCAAUGUCCACUCCGCUAUCAAACUUGAGAUGCUGCUGCCCUUCUUGCAGAAGACUGUUUCGGCGAUCCAAGAGAAUCAAGCGGCACAUCAUGACCUAGUGCAACCACUCUCAGCUUCUGUGUCCCGGAAUCUCCUGAACAUCUUCGACGACACUGCAGUUUCAUCAUUGAACGACCAAGCAAACGAUAGUUUUGCUGUUCUGAAAACAUGCAUCUCGAUUCCCUUGGAAAAUGCCUUCGAACGAUCCGUAUAUGACGGCACUCUCGAUGUUCUGAGAUCUUCGAUAACGAAAGAAAUCAUGAUUGAGAGAGCAAUUGAAUUGCUUCAACUCUGUGUAGAAACGAUCGUUGCAUCAGAACAGGCACAUAUUGUCCUGAAGCAAGUGAUCUCCGAUCUACUAGUCGAUACCGUUGUUAUCGCAGCCUUGAUCAGAAGUAUGCGCCCCACUGACGACACGUCUGAACCGUCGGCAAAGCGACCUAAGACAGAUAACUUCGUCUCUGAAUCCGCUAGAUCUUCUAUCCGUCAACUCUCUCUCCUUGUUGAGAUCGUCUCAACGAAGAGCCUUCCCGGUGACAUCAACCUCAUUUCAGUCUUGCUUGAAACUCUCGGCAUGCUGGUCAAUUCUCCGAGCCUUUCCAGUGUGGAUGUCGAUUACACCUUACAGCUUAUCUUGUUGGCUAUCAUGAACAAUGCUUUUGCUGUUCAGAACGAUGUGUCCCACUCCUCUAAUUCCCUGAGAAUAGAUAUUGUCGUUGAUCUGAUUCGCACGACAGCCAACCCUCAGACCUCCCGUCAGGCCCUCUUGACUGUAGGAAGUCUGGCCCGAUUGUCCAACGACUCCGUCUUGCACAACAUCAUGCCGAUCUUUAUGUUCAUGGGCUCUACGGUGUUCCAAAACGAUGACGCUUAUAGUUUCAGCGUCAUCUCCAAGACUAUCGACAGCAUUGUGCCAGUCAUGGCGAAUUCACUGAAAGAACAGCGAACUACUCAGUUCGACCUCUACCAGCGUUCGCGCGAGUUCCUUCGUGUAUUCACUGAUGCAUCAACACACAUUCCGCGCCACCGGCGGUCGAAGUUUUUCAUUCAUCUCGUGGACGUGUUGGGACCUCAGGAUUUCCUGGUUCCCAUAUGUCUAUUGCUUGUGGACAACACGGCCUUCCGCGUCGUGAAGCAGAAGGCUAUCGACGUCCCCUCCACAUUCGCUAUUCCUUUGGCGUGCUUACAGAAGAGAACUAUAUCUGAAAGGCUAUCGGUUUUGCAGGAGGUCAUGGAGGAAGCUAAGCGGCUUAGCAAGAAGCUAGCAGAUGCGAGUCACGCGGAACCAGUGACAUUCUUGGACAUGUCAAAGUCGAUUGAUGCGCGAGAACGGAUACCUAAACCUGACGUGGCCCUCACGCGACAAAUUCAGGCGCUCCUUCUUUUUGUGGGAACAGCUAUAGAGUUAUUGAAGACACCUCAAGGAGUGGAGGACAGCGAAUUGGAUGCUUCAAUGAAGCGUUUUGUCUUCCAGCUCUUGGAGUUGGCACAAGACCCGACGGAAGGGAAGCGAGAUGCGGUCAUCUCGACAACUGCCUUUGCGGCCUUGGAUAAGGCCAUGUCUAUUAUCUCUGUGCCGACAUUUUCUCACGCCAUCCUGAACAUGCUGGACACCGACGAUACAGGACUGCAGCGCGCUGCAUUGUCCCUCAUUUCGCGACUCAACAAUGUCACUGCCAAAGGUCGACGGGGUAUUGCCGCGACAAUGGCGAAUAUCAUUGCCCGCGUCGUUUCUCUGGUCGUCAAGUUCCAGAAGGACUCGGCAAGUGUCGUUGCCUUGCAGGCGAUGGACAUUAUUGCACGAACUGCGAUGGCAGGUGAAGAGAGCGCCCUCGCCCAAGCUGCUGGCCCAUUGACGCAGUUUGCUGCCCGUCAAGUGGUACAACAGCAGCUCUCGGUACUGAACAUACUUGAUAUUCUUUUGGGAAAACUCGGUCCGAGGCUGAUCCCGAACCUGCUUCCUAUUAUCGAACUCUGCACGUCCAUCAUUUCCACGUCCGACGAAGUGGAUCUACGGGUCAAGGCAUUCACCGUCCCUUCAAGUGUGCUCAAAGCACUUCCCAACUUCGUCGGCUCCUACUUGUCGCGUGUCCUUGAUGCCGGCCUUGACGUCUCUCGGGCUCUGCCGAUUGAGGUCGAGUCCGCCCGCGUUGCAUUGCUUCGCACUACAGCAAAGCAGAUCAAAGGCCGGACGCUCCUCCCUGCUCUUGAGAAGGCCUGGCAAGUAACUGCUUCGCGUGAAGCCCCGUCCGUUAAGUUCCUCGGGCUCUACUCCGACCUGCUGCAGAGAUCACUUCGUGCAGCGGACCGAGCGGACGUCCUCGGCGAAUUGCGCCCGCUUUUCAAGCUUUUCCUCGAUAUCUUCGACGUCCGCUCCUCGUAUGUCAUCGCAGAAGCGAGCGCCGAGUUUGCGGCAGUCGAGAGCGUCGCUUUGUCCGCGUUCUUACAGGUCGUGGUCAAACUAAGCGAUACCGCCUUCAGACCGCUUUUCAGGAAACUGUAUGACUGGCAUCUCGAGGGAGGCAAGACGGCGCGAGGGAUCACGUUCUAUCGCUUAGUCGGGUCUCUCUUAGACCAGCUGAAGGAGAUCAUCACCCCGUAUAUGGCGAUUCUGUUUGACCGAACAGUGGAGUUGCUGAGGGAAUACGCCACGGGACAGGCGGAGAGCGGAGAGCUGUGGCUGGAGAUGAUCGACGUCCUCAGGAAGUCGUUCGAAUAUGAUGAUGGAGGGUUCUGGAGAGACAAUACCAUGAUGAAAAUCAUGUCCCCUCUGGUGGAUCAGAUCGACGUAUGCCCUCGUAUUACCCGUUCCUCUUGCUCCAGCACAACGCCGAACAACGCACUAACCGCCUGCCUGUCGACCAUGUGCAAGUCGGCGAGUGACGAUACGGCGAAAGCGCUCAACCUCGCCGUGUGGAUGAAAGCCCGCUCCGAGGUCGUCCAGACCAAGUUGUGUAUGUUAUCCUGUGCACAGGCCCUCUGGAAGCGGGACGGUGAGCGGUUAUCCACUGCGGGGUAUGCAGCGGAGACGGUGGCGUUCCUUGUAGAAUGUCUGGAGGACGCCAGCGAGGUGGUCGAGAACGAAGCGCGGGUAUUCCAACGACAGCUCACCAAACUCGUGGGACCGCUCGACGCACUCAUCGAUUAGGAACCUCGGUUCCACUGUUCCCCAUCCCCGAAAUUCACCUACCCAAAAUCACCAUUGGUGUUGACCCCUGGUAUCAUCUACUAGUAUAUCCCAUACCUAUUUAAAUCAGGAAGGGGGCAAUGACAAUAUUACAC